AUGCUGAGCCAGCGAUUGGUGCGAGCAGCCGGCGCGGCGACCCCGCGAUCCGCGUUGCGAGCAUUCAGCUCCACGAGCCAGCAGCGAAAGGUCCCUUCCAUGGCCGACGUCAGUGCCGCUCCUCAAAGCGUCGCCGACUUCAACCAGAAAUCGAAGCAGUUCCGAGAGCAGUUGGUGGAGCAGCAGAAGCAACGGGAAGCAAGUGCGUAUCAAUCCUCCCCUCGUCCCCCUGCGUCUGAGCCUGCCUCGGACUUGGGCUCAUCCUUGAGUGCUACUUCAGGACAGAAGGCAGAGGCCGCUUCGGAGCCUCCGCGCAAGGCUGGUCCUCUGACCAACCUCAUUUACGGUACUAAGGAGGGUCGCGAGCUGGACGCGCAGCUCGAGGCCAGCUUCAGUCAAGUCCUCGCCCGAGGCAAGUACGUCCACUCGAUCGUCUUCCACGAGGUCAAAUCCGACAAGGUUGACGAGUACACCGAGCUCGUUGGUAACUGGUACCCGCGCAUGGCUUCCAUGCCGGAGAACAAGGUCCAUCUGGUAGGAAGCUGGAGGACCGAGGUUGGCGACUGCAACACGUUUGUCCAUAUUUGGGAGUACCAGAGAUACCAGGGUUACCACGAGUCGAUCCACAACAUUGGAAACCACCCCGAGUUCUCUCAGUUCGAUAAGAAACUCAAGAGUCUCAUCACCUCGAAGAAGACAUCCCUCAUGCAGGAGUUCUCCUUCUGGCCCACGACUCCUCCCCGCCAGCUCGGUGGCAUUUUCGAACUUCGAUCUUACACUCUGCACCCCGGUAACUUGCUCGAGUGGGAGACCCACUGGAGACGGGGUCUGAAGGCCAGACGUGAGGUCAUGGAGGGCGUCGGUGCUUGGUUCGUGCAGAUCGGAGACCUCAACACCGUCCACCACCUGUGGCAGUUUGCCAACUUGGAGGAGCGCAAGAUCCGCCGCGAGAAGAGCUGGAACCAUGAGGGCUGGAGCGAGACGGUCCACAAGACCGUUCCUCUUAUCCAAACCAUGAAGUCGAGAAUUCUUGUCCCCAUGCCUUGGUCUCCUACUGCAUGA